GGCAGACUGUCCGUUCGGACUCUCUUCGGUUGCUGUCUCGCACGUCGCACCUUGGGGCUCAUAAAGUGGCUUGUCAGCUCCUACGCCAUCGAGCUUUAUUGCCACUGCUAUAUAGGCCAACAUCGUUUCGAUCCUUGCCUUUCAAUUUCAUUCAGACCCGCGCCAUCAAAGGCGCAAUGGCCAGAGCAACUCGUGCUUCCGCGGCUAAGGCGAAGAGUGGAGCAGAGCCACAACAGCUCUCCAGUCCACCGACCACUCCAGUCGCUGCGAAGGCAAGAAAAGCGCAAUCUUCGUCCAAAAAGGCUGGCAAUGCCUCAGUCAAAGUUAAAGACGAACCAAUCACUCCAUCAAAUACUUCCAAAAAGAGGUCGAGGAGGUCUAUCAAGCAAGAGAAUGUUGACGACGAUGAGUUGCCACACAAUCUUGGCACCACUCUUCCGACACCUGACCAGGAAGAGCAUAAUGGCAAAGCACCACCAAAGAAGCGCACUCGUCGAUCUGAGCCAGUGAAGGAAGAGCCGCCCGUCGGACUUGAAACGACAGAAGAACCAAGCUCUGCGAAGAAGACCCCAAAGAAAGCCAAACUGGCUCUGAAUCACGGCGUUUCGCCCUUCCCCGACUAUGCGCGUCCAACAAGGGAGGAAUGCGAAGAGGUUGUGCGUAUCCUGGAGAAGAAGCAUGGCAAAGUUACUGUGCCCAAGGCCAUCCCACCACCCUCGUUGGACGUCGCCGGAUGUGGAGAAGUGCCAUCAGUCUUGGAUGCACUCAUCAGGACCCGUUUGAGUGCCAAUACGACAAACAGCAAUUCCAGUACUGCGUUCAGGGGACUCGUCAAUCGGUUUGGCACGCUGAAAGAGGGCAUUGGUAAAGGCAGUGUAGAUUGGAAUGCGGUCCGCCUGGCUCCGCAACAAGAAGUAUUCAAGGCAAUCGAACGUGGAGGCCUGGCUAAUGUCAAGUCCAAAGACAUCAAGAACAUCCUGCAGAUGGUGUAUGAAGAGAACCAAGAGAGGAAAGCUGCAUUAGCUAAAUCGAGCGAGGAUGUAGCAGGCGCUCAGAAUGAAACGGAGGGCGAAAAGCAAGAGGAGAUCGACAAGGCUGAGCAGGAGAUCAUCUCACUUGAUCAUCUGCACGCAAUGAGCACAAACGAUGCCAUCGAUAAGAUGAUCACCUACCCUGGAAUCGGCGCCAAGACGGCUUCAUGUGUUGCGCUGUUCUGCUUGCAACGCCCGUCCUUCGCGGUGGACACUCACGUCUUUCGCCUGGUGCAGUAUCUGGGCUGGGUACCAAAGUCGACCAAGAAAGGACAACCGAAAGUGGACAGAAACACCACAUACUCUCAUUGCGACGCAAGGAUUCCGGACGAAUACAAGUACAAGCUGCACUACUUGCUGAUCAAGCAUGGGAAAACAUGCCCUCGAUGUCGAGCGGCGACUGGACAAUCGAGUGAAGGCUGGAAUGAGGGUUGUCCGAUUGAGCAUCUUGUCAAGAGACACGGAGACAAGAAAGGUGGCGUAUCCGUGGCCGCAAUGAAGAAGGCGAUGCAAGAUGCCGACGAGGACGAAAUGUCUGGAUAUGAUGCGCCAGAAAGCCCUGAGGGUCAGCCAGAGAGCCCUGAGCUGAGUGAUCACCCCUCGGACGUGGAGUGAUCAGCAAGUGACACCAAAAGCUGGUGAGGCAUUCUUGAGUAAGAGUAACGAUGAACGUACUUUGGGAGACAGAGCUCCGCAGAGAGGCUGAGAUUGCAUGGUUGCAUUCGGAGGCUUCCAUUUCUGAGAGUCGUCCAGGAACACGUCUCGACCCAUCGGCACGCUGGAUGGCUUGGAAAGAUCAUCUAAUGCCAAAGCCUGCUGAGAUACAUGGAGCCCAUA